UCUGAGUUUUAGGCGUCCCACUCACAAGGGCGCGCACUCAUGAGAAGUGCGCGCCGCCACCACAACUCUUGAUGGUUCAGCGCGACGUCCUUUUGCAGGCCACCCCGAUUCUCCUCUUCCUCCUCCUUUUCGCCACCUCACACGGUGAAUUAGAUAGCAAUGUCCUCCUCAAGUUUAAAGCCUCCCUUGAAAACACGGCCGCCUUGGCCAAUUGGACCGUCUCCAAACCCCCAUGCAACGGUUGGAAAGGCGUCUUGUGCGACCGGGGCCACGUGUGGGGCUUGCAGCUCGAGAAUAUGGGCUUGCAUGGCGUGAUCGAUGUUGAAACCCUAGCCAAAUUGCCCAAUUUGAGAAGUGUGAGCUUCAAGAACAAUGAUUUCAAGGGCUCCUUGCCCAACCUCACGCUCCAUGGCGCGCUAAAGACCGUAUUUUUGUCCAACAACAAGUUUUCUGGCGAGAUCCCGGACAAUGCCUUCUAUGGAAUGCGGUCAUUGAAGAAGCUUCACUUGGCUAACAACAAGUUCUCCGGCCAUAUACCAGCUACAUUGGCAACGGUGCCUAGGUUGGUAGAAUUGGCGCUCGAAGACAAUGAGUUUGAAGGAGAAAUACCCAAUUUCCAGCAGCAAGGAUUGAUAAAAUUCAAUGUAUCAAAUAACAGAUUGGCUGGCCAAAUCCCUCAAGUCCUCAGCCGUCUACAUGCUUCCUCGUUUUCUGGAAACAAAGAGCUGUGUGGAGCGCCGCUUGAAUCAUGCUCCGCAAACAACGACGAGAGCUUCCAGCACCUGUUCCCGGAGACGACAAUUGGUGUCGUCGCCGGGGCAGCCCUCGUAUCCCUUUUAGAAGUUUGCAUCUUCCUUAUGUGUCGCAAGAAACAGCAAGGAGGCAUCCCAGAGUUAAACCAAAUGGAAAGAGGCAGCCCGGAGUUAAACCGAAUGGAAAGGGGCAGCCCGGAGUUAAACCAAAUGGUAAGAAGCACUGGAAGUGCAUCGCCCGAAGGCGGGAAGCCAAGCGUGAGGCUGCUGACUUUCCUGAAAGAAGAGACGGAGAGGUUCGACAUGCAGGAGCUGCUGAAGUCGUCGGCCGAGAUUCUAAGCAGCAGCGUGUUCGGAUCGACAUACAAGGCGGGUCUCAAGGGGAAGAAGAUGACUGUCAAGAGAUUCAAGCACAUGAACCAACUAAGCAAGGAAGAUUUCAACGAGCACAUGAGGAGGCUCGGCCGUAUCAACCAUCGCAAUGUGCACCCUAUUCUCGCCUUCUACUACAAGAAGGAGGAGAAGCUCUUCGUAGCCGACUUUGUCCACAACGGCAAUAUCGCCACUCCAAGACACGGAAAUCAAUCACUAGAGUGGAGGACGCGGCUGAAAAUCGUGAAAGGGGUGGCGAAAGGGCUUCUCUACCUGCACAAUGAGCUACCCAGCCUCACUCCAGCACACGGCCACCUCAAGGCGUCCAACGUGCUCCUCGACGCUGACUUCAACCCCCUCCUCACCGACUACGGCUUAAUCCCCAUACUCAAGAAAGACCAUGCAAAACACCACAUGAUCGCUUACAAGUCGCCUGAGUACAAGGAAACUGCCAAACUCACCAAGAAAACCGACGUCUGGUGCUUCGGACAUUUGAUACUCGAAAUCCUCACCGGGAGAUCCUCCGUCAUAGACCAACAGCCUGAUGUCGACGUCGCCACCUGGCUGAAAACCUCCGGCACUAGCGCGUCGGUGUUUGAUCAGGAGAUGGCUGUGAUGGGUGACAUGAUGAAGCUAUUGAAAAUAGGGUUGAGCUGCUGCCAGGCCAACCUCGAGAGGCGGCCAGAGAUUAAAGAGGUGGUUGAGAUGGUGGAGGAGAUCAAAGACAAGGAAUUCAAUGAUGAUUUCGUAUCAUCAUAUGCCAGCGAAAGUGACAUGCGAUCAUCAAGAGGAUAAUCUCAGGAUUCCAAAUCCAUCAAUUUAUAUAUCACAAAAUUUACUUACGUUGAUAGAUAUUCUCAUUUGCUCUUGUAAUAUUUAUCUGUGCUUAAAUUUUGAUCUAGUGAUUGAUUUGUAUUCUUAA